AAGAAAACAGUACAAGAAACGCGAGCUUCGGGAACAACGCCGUGAGCCUCGCCUUCGACCUAAGAAAGGAAUAGUUGAUGCCGACUUUGAAGUUUACAAACCAAAAAUAUCGCACAAUAAAAUCAUGCCCCUGUCACCAACGGAAACGUAUAUCGGUAAGGGCUACAAUGCAAGGCGAUUCGAUGGGAAAGCUGUUGACCCAGUAUCUGGACGUGUGUACGCCUUUAAUAAAGUAACUGGUGAAAGACGAUGGCUACACGAAGAUUAUUCCAUAUCACGUGUCCCGCAAAGAAAGCACCAUAACGAGGCAAAUAGGUCAUACUAUGAAGACAUUGAUUUGCCAGGAGCUCCUCAAUAGCUAUAAUAUAGAGUAGGCAUUAAUCUAUAAAGAGUGAAAACUAUGUUGAAUUUUUAAUUUUAAAAUAUAUUUUAAUAUUCAGUAUCUGAAAAGGCAAAUAGUAAUAUAUCAACUGGGAUAGAGUAAUCAAUCAAUUAAAUAAAUCAAUAAAUAAUUUCAUAAUGUAUAUUUUUUUAACGUUUUCUAAAUCGCGUGAACAACUGGGCCAGCUGGCAACUGGUUGCCAGCGAGAAAUUUAGGAAGAAAAGAACUCUCCAGGCAAAGAAUAUUUCAUUCAAGAAUUUUUGCAAGGAAAAUAAAAGUUAAACUAAAAAAAUAUAAAAGCCGUUUUUGCCAGGAAUAAAAAUUACUUAGGACCAAAAAAUGGUAUUUUGAU